GACAAAAUAAGCGGGUUUUGGUGGCGAGAGCUGCUGCCUGUAUUAUUCAACAAUUAGGGACGCGGGUGCCUUUUCGACUUGGUUAAUGAGAGAUAUUUCGACAAUAUCAGACGCCGGAUACCGCAGCCGAGGAAUUGUUUGAUACAUUUAGGAAAUUUUGAAUCAUUAUUUGAGCUGCCUGAAAGCAGAAUAAUUCGGAUAUUAUGGUACCAGCCCUGUGGCGGCCAUAGAGCUAGAGCAGAGCGUAUUCUGAGCCCCAUGUCUCUUCUCUGGAAGCCCUAGCACCAGUGUCCCUCUCCUCCUCUCCUGUUGGUGGUGGCUUCCCUUGUUGGAGCAUGUCGGCAGCGCAGACUCAGAAGGACAGUGAGGGUCCCUGGGGACUGGACUCCCUGGGCCUGAGCCAGAGAGAGUUGGUAAUGGCUGAAGCUCUACAGAUGGAGUAUGAUGCCCUGUCCAGACUCAAACAGGACAAGGGGGGGGACAGCCAGGGGACCAGCAGCCAGGGGAUUGGGAAGUUACCUACGCUACCCCCUAGGGAGGGCCAGAGCCAGAUCGAUCGCCCCCUCCCACCCUGCCCCAGCCCUAUUCCUCCAGGAGGGAGUUUGCUAAGAGGGCUGUCUGGUUCGGACCCAUCCCUCAACCACCUCCAGCCUGGGGGGUCCCACUCCCCACGGCCCUCCCCAGCCAGGGCCACUCCUCCUCUGGGAAGUUACAGCAAGGAUCCCCUCUAUAUCCUGGAGAGUUCAGGGAAGGGGGACUACCUGAACUCCAGCUAUGGGCACUCAGGGUCUAGCUAUGGUUCUCCUCUGACUCUGCCUAAAGGCUUCCCCCCUCCUCCGGAUGACCCACCUCCUGCUGUACCCCCAAGGACCCCUCUCCCCCCCUCCACUGAGCCCUUCCUGCCCCUCCGACCCACUAUGGCGCCCCGGGAUGUCAACCUGUUCACCCCCGAGGUAGACCAGCCCAAACUGUCGUCAGGGGAGACGCUCAACUACGAGAGCCUCAACGACGCCCUAUCCAAGCUCAAUGGGGAUUGGCUGGCGCCAAGGGGUAGGCGGGCCAACGGGGACCAAUCAGGGAAGCCGGUGGCUCGGAGUAAGACCCUCCCCCCUCAGGUGCCCCCCCGCACCUACGUACCUAUCCAGAAGAGCAACAAGAACCAGCGCAGAGUGUCGGCCGACCCGGUGUCUCUGGGCCCCAGGCUCAAUGGUUUUGGCUAUGAGCUCUUCCAGGUGUCAGAGGAGAGAGAUGAGGAGGUGGCCGCCUUCUGUCACAUGCUCGACGUGUUGCGGUCGGCGUAUCCAAGCAGCGACCGCUCUAAGAACUCUGGGUUUGUGUGGUCGCCUUCAGUGGGGCCUGAAGAGCUGCAACAGGGGUUAGGGGUCAGCGUCAAAGUUACUGUCAUCAGCGACCACGUCAGAGAACCACUCACCUUCACCUGUGAUGGGUCAUCCACGGUAGACUUGUUGAUCUACCAGACGUUGUGUUAUGCUAAUGAAGACCUGGACCACAUCGAUGUCGACCACUACCUGCUCAAAGUCUGCGGUCAAGCUGAGUUCCUAGAAAAUUCCCAGACGUUGGCAGAGUUGGAGUAUAUCCAGCUGUGUCUGAAGUUUGACUGGGACAUCCGUCUCUUCCUUACCAAUAGAGGCUCUGUCAACACAGAACUGGGCCGCACGGAGGAUGAUGAUGACACGGCCUCUACGAUGAACCACGGCAUCCUGCUGCAGGAACGACCAAUCAGACAGACCGUUACUAGAGAGGCUUUGACUCUGCUCCUGGAUACGUUUCACAACGAGGCUGAGUCCUUUCUACUAUCAGAGGUGGAGCUUGUGUUGCAUGUGGAACGGUUGGUCCAAUCAGUGAAGGCUCUCUGCAGCUCACUGGCUGCCGUGGAAACGCCUGACAUCACUUCUGCCCUCAACCAGCUCCCAGCAUGCCCCUGUCGUCUGCAGCCUAGAGUCCAGAAGGAUCCAUCAGUGCUGGCCAUCAAAGAGAACAGAGAGAAAGUGGUGGAGAAGCUGACGGCAGCCAUUUUGGAUCUGGUGGAGCUGUACUGUAGCACGUUCAACGCUAACUUCCACACCACGGUGCAGAGCAACCGGCACACGGCGCCCACACAGGAAGCAGGCCUGGUCACCAACGUCCUGUCCUUCAGCGUCUACGCUGCUCAUCGCAUCCCCAUCACAUGGGCUGCCAGCUACGAGGGCUUCUUCCUGUCAUGCUCGCUGACCCAUGGAGGGGCGGAGCUUUGUGCCCCGCAGCACACCAGCAAACAGCAGGUCAGCAAGUACCUGUUUCACCUGGUGGUCUGGGACCAGAGGGUGUGUUUCCCAGUGCAGAUUAACCAGUUGCCAAGGGAGACCCAGCUGACGGUGACUCUAUAUGCCAGCGCUCUGCCACCCCCUGGAGGUGCGGAGGAGAAGGGCAGCAAGCAACGGCGGAGCAUCGACUCCCUGGGCUGGGUCACCAUGCCCCUCUUCAACUUCAGACACAUCCUGACGUGUGGGAGGAAGCUACUGGGUCUGUGGCCUUCCACCCCAGGAAGUAACGCUCGCUCCAGCUCCCCAAACUUCAGCCAGCCUGACAGCGUCAUCCUGCAGGUGGACUUCCCCACGUCGUCGUUUGAGGUGCGCUUUAGUACCCCCCCUCCCGCAGAGUUCAGUCCCAAGUAUGACUUCUCCAGACUGGACCAGCACAGCCAGAGACAACUGCAGGAUGUACUACACAAGAAAUCACUCUUCUGGUUGACUCCAGAGGACAAGCGUCUGUUGUGGGAGAAGCGUUCGUUCUGCCAGUCAGAGAGUGGUGCCCUGCCCCUGGUGCUGGCUAGUGCCCCCCGCUGGGAGUGGGCAUGUCUGUCAGACAUUUACGCCCUGCUCCGCCAGUGGGCAUGUCUCAACCACCACGACGCACUGGGCCUCCUGCAUGCCACCUUCCCUGAUCAGGAGCUGAGGCGUACUGCAGUACAGUGGAUGGACUCCAUCUCUGACCCUGAGCUGUUGGACUUCCUGCCACAGCUUGUGCAGGCUCUGAAAUAUGAGUGUUACCUGGACAGCCCGUUGGUGCGUUUCCUGCUACGGAGAGCCAUAGGGGACAUGCGCAUUGCACACUACCUCUUCUGGUUGUUGAAGGACACUCUGCAGGACAGUCAGUUCAGUGGGAGGUACCAGCACCUGUUAGCAGGACUGCUGUGCUGUGUGGGUCGGGGUCUAAGAGAGGAGUUUGACAGACAGUGCUGGCUGGUCACCAUCCUUGCUAAAGUAGCCCAACGUGUCCGGGAUGCCUCUCCCUCCAGCAGACAGGCCAUCCUUCGAGAGGGCCUAGAGGAGGUCAAGCAGUUCUUCUCAGUCAGUAGCAGCUGCCGUCUCCCCCUCAACCCUGGCAUGCUGGUCAAAGCCAUCAACAUACAGUCGUGCUCCUACUUCAACUCCAACGCCGUGCCCCUCAAACUGUCCUUCCAGAACCUGGACCCUCGAGGAGACAACAUCAACGUCAUCUUCAAGUCAGGUGAUGACCUGCGCCAGGACAUGCUGACCUUGCAGAUCAUCCGCAUCAUGAACAAGAUCUGGAUCCAGGAGGGACUGGACAUGAGGAUGGUCAUCUUCAGAUGCUUCUCUACUGGACGAGGCAGAGGUAUGGUGGAGAUGAUUCCCCAGGCUGAGACUCUGAGGAAGAUCCAGGGGGAACAUGGAGUGACUGGUUCCUUUAAGGACCGCCCCCUGGCUGACUGGCUACAGAAACACAACCCUACAGAGGACGAGUACGAGAAGGCUGUGGAGAACUUCAUUUACUCGUGCGCAGGCUGCUGUGUGGCCACCUACAUCUUGGGUAUCUGUGACCGCCACAACGACAACAUCAUGCUGAAGACCAGCGGUCACAUGUUCCACAUCGACUUCGGCAAGUUCCUGGGACAUGCCCAGAUGUUCGGCAACAUCAAACGGGACCGUGCUCCAUUUGUGUUCACUUCUGACAUGGCCUAUGUCAUCAACGGAGGAGACAAACCUUCCAGUCGCUUUCAUGACUUUGUGGACCUGUGCUGUGAGGCCUACAACCUCAUCCGCAAACAUGCACACCUCUUCCUCAACCUACUGGGACUGAUGUUGUCAUGUGGCAUCCCUGAGCUGUCAGAUCUGGAUGAUCUGAAGUAUGUCUACGACGCCCUGAGACCUCACGAGUCUGAGGCUGACGCCACCAUGUACUUUACCAGGUUGAUAGAGUCAAGUCUGGGCAGUGUUGCCACUAAGUUGAACUUCUUCAUCCAUAACUUGGCCCAGAUGAAGUUUGCCUCAUCCGAGGAGCGUCCUGUCCUCUCCUUCGCCCCGCGGGUUUACACCCUCAAGACUGACGGACUCAUCCGCAACCUCUUUGUCUGCCGACACAUACGAACAUACAGCCCCAGCAAAGGAUACGCAUUUGUGGUGAAGGUGGAGCGGGAGGGCCAACAGGAGUCAGUGUUGGUACAGAGGAGCUUUGAGGAGUUCUUUGAACUACACAGUAAACUACGCCUCAUCUUCCCCUCGUCCAAACUACCCAGUUUCCCCAGCCGCUUUUUGAUUGGGCGGUCUCGAGGAGAGGCGAUGGCUGAUAGGAGGAAAGAUGAGCUGAACGGAUACGUCUGGCAUCUGGUGCACGCUGCGCCAGAGGUCGCCCAGUGUGACCUCAUCUACACUUUCUUCCAUCCUCUGCAAAGAGACGAGAAACCUGGAACAGUGGUGAACACACUGCAGAGCAAACCUGCAGAGAUCUGUUGGGCUCCGGUCUCAGGCAAAGUGGUAGGAGAGGUCAAGCUCUCCAUCUCCUAUAAGAGUGACAAGCUCUUCAUCAUGGUCAUGCACAUACGAGGCCUGCAACCCUUGCAGGAUGGGACAGACCCUGACCCCUACGUCAAGCUGUACCUCCUCCCAGACCCCCAGAAAACCGGCAAGAGGAAGACCAAGGCUGCGCGACGCACCUGCAACCCCACCUACAACGAGAUGCUGGUGUAUGACCGUAUCCCUCGCGGGGACCUGCAGCAGAGGGUGAUCCACCUGCGGGUGCUGGGGGAGGGUGCAUUCUGGGAAAACACCCUGCUGGGCGAGGCCUUCAUCCCCCUGAAGACCCUGACAGCCGGGCAGUGCUGGGCAGACUGGCACCAACUGGGCACACCCAGCACAGACUCCACACGCUGAGAGGUGGAGGGUGAGAGGGAGAGAGAGGAAUGACUGAUCAGGUUGUGUGUGCACACAGGUGUACGUGAGUGUGUUCAGUUGUUGUGGUCAGAGUUGUCCAGCUUCUCGGGGCUGGUUUAUUCCCCCAGUGGGGGUGUGUGUUGACCCGUAUCCUGCCCAGGUGGGAGGUGUGUGUUCUAUCUAGGUUUGAGGUGUGUUUGUGUGUGUCUGUAGACUCAUUGACCGUCAAUCGUCACUGGACACUGUAUCCAUGGGACUGUACUGUACUGUAUGGACCUACUGUAAGCCUCUCUGAUCAACAUAAGAAGGGAUAACUGGAGCAUGUGACCAUAAGGGAAGAUAACCAGUCUGUUCUUCUGGUGAAUCUGACUACCAGAAGACUUUUCUCUGGUAACAACAUGGCCUCCCAAGACCAGGCAGCACAGAGGACCAGUGGAAGGAAGCAGAGGGCAUUGUUACUCUGUGAAAACAUGGACCCCGCAUCUUUCCUCUUAUCUAGGGCCAAUGGAGAGACGUCCAUCUUACCGCCUGACGAAAAAGGGGUGUAGUCCCCUCCAAAGUUGUCUUUUAAAAGAGAACCUUAAGUUAUUUAUUUUUCAAAUGUUAUCCUUCUGUUAAUGCAGCUCCAUUUCGAGCUCGGUUUGGUUGUGUGAUGUGUGUAUAUGAUUUUGAUUUCUGUGUGUACCCCAGAUUUAUGCAGAUCGUGAUAUGUGAAUUAUGUUGGGUCCAGUCUUUCUGAUUUGAGAGAGAGAGGGCGUAGAUGCUUUUGUAUCGUUGUGGGGUAGAGAUGUACAGUCAUGGUCAAAAGUUUUGAGAAUGACACAAAUAUUAAUUUUCACUAAGUCUGCUGCCUCAGUU